GCCGUCCUCCCGCCGAGGAAGUGGACGUGAUCCUGCAGCGCUGCGAGGGCGGGGUGGACGCUGCCCUGCAGUACGCCAAAAACAUCUCCAAGUACAUGAAGGACCUCAUCGGAUACCUGGAGAAAAGGACCACGCUGGAGAUGGACUUUGCCAAAGGGCUUCAGAAGAUGGCAAACAGCUGCAAGCAAACCAUCAGUCAGGAGACCAGCAUGCCUUUCCUGUCCAUCUACCUGCUGGCCCUGGAGCAGGACAUGGAGCACGGGACGUCGGUUCUGCAGGCUGCCAGCACCCUGCAGCACCAAACCUUCCUCCAGCCGCUGAUCGUGAGACGCCUCGACCAUGAAAAACGGAGGAAGGAGAUCAAGGAGCAGUGGCACCGGGCGCAGAGGAAGCUGCAAGAGGCGGAGGUGAACCUGCGCAAGGCCAAGCAGGUGUACAUGCAGCGCAGUGAGGAGCACGACAAGGCCAAGCACGUGGCUGUGAAAGCAGAAGAGGAGCAGCAGAGCACCAGCAGCAGCAUCACCGCCAAAACCCUCCCACGAGCUGUUUCCAUCUCUUGCUCUCCCAACUCCCAGGCAGAGGAGGCGAUGGCCACGUAUCGGACCUGCGUGGCGGACGCAAACACCCAGAAGCAGGAGCUGGAGGAUGUCAAGGUGAACUCCCUGCGGCAGAUCCACGAACUGAUCAAACAGAGCGACCAGGUCAUCAAGACGGCUACCAUCUCCUUCUACCAGAUCAUGCAUAUGCAGACGGCUCCACUGCCCGUCAACUUCCAGACCCUGUGCGAGAGCAGCAAGCUCUAUGACCCUGGGCAGCAGUACGCCUCGCACGUCAAGCAGCUGCAGCGAGGAGACGAACCCGACAUCCAGUACGACUUCGAGCCCUACGUGUCACACAACGCCUGGUCUCCCUUUACUCGGACGCGGAAAGGCAGCUUCAACACCAGCGACUUUUCCCCGGGCGCUGAUGGGGCUGCGCUGCCCAAGGACGCAGCUGCCUCGGAGCCGGGGGCAGGAGCCAGGGAGCAGCAUAGCGGGGCCACGGCGGGUGAGCGGAGAGGUGAGGGACACCAGGUCCAUAAAUCCUGGCCAACCUCCAUUGCUGAGGCUGACAGCAGCCUGGAGUCAAACGCAGGUGAAUUCAGCCACAAGCUCCAGCGUCUGUCUUCCAACGGCACCAUGUCAAAAAAGUGGCAGCACAGGGGUGGCUUGUCCAAGGCUGCCCAGCCUCACCGGCUGAGGAAGCUCCGGGCCCCGUCCAAGUGCCGGGAAUGCAACAGCUACGUUUACUUCCAGGGAGCAGAAUGCGAGGAGUGCUACCUGGCCUGUCACAAGAAGUGUCUGGAAACCUUGGCCAUCCAGUGCGGGCACAAGAAACUCCAAGGGAAGCUGCAGCUGUUUGGGCAAGACUUCACAAAGGCUUCCCAGAGCAGCUCCGAUGGCAUCCCCUUCAUCGUCAAGAAGUGCGUUUCUGAGAUCGAGAAGCGGGCGCUGAAAACCAAGGGCAUCUACCGAGUCAACGGUGUCAAGACCCGCGUGGAGAAGCUUUGCCAGGCGUUUGAGAACGGGAAGGAGCUGGUGGAGCUGUCCCAGGCCUCUCCUCACGACAUCAGCAACGUCUUGAAGCUCUACCUGAGACAG